AAACUAGAGUGAGGAUUACUCUCUUGUGGUUUUAUCUAAAAGAGAAACAUCAGGGACUGUAGUUCUGUGAGCUGGAUUUUUCUUUCAGUGACAGUGGUGUGGGGACCUUCACUGAAUUCAGUGGAGUUACACCGACAAUAUGUAGAAGGAGAAGUAGGGCAUGUGUUCAGAAAACAACAGUGAUUCAUAGCUAUUGUACCGGGUGUUACAAAACAUGUCAAUCUUGUGACUAAGCAAAAUAUGUAAGCCUAGAUGCAGCUGCACACAGUCAGAGUUAUUUCUUGUUGAUAAAAUUAUAAUUCAUUAACUAGGAGUCACAUUCAAUAAAGGACAAAAUCCAAACAGUUGCAUUCUUCAGGACUUGUGCAGUCUUCUUGAACAUGGAAAGCUGAACUAAUUUUUUUUUUAGGAGAUUCUAGUUCAAAGAAAAGAAUUGCUUCAUGUUUUUAAAAUAAUGACAAAACUGAAACACCUGUUAGCCAGGCACAAACUCCUCGAGCUCCAGUGGGCUUGCGGGGGUGCAUCUACACCAGAAGCUCGAGCCUGGAGGCUGGCAUCAGUGAUGUGAGGAAGGAUUCCACAUGGCCAAUGAAGAGAGACCUUGCCUUUGCAACAUUGGAGACAGAUUUGACUAUCGAGGCCUUGGGCAGGAAGUGCAAGUUGAGCACAUCAGGGCAUACAUUUGCAAGCCAUCCUCUAGCACAGACAAGGCUGUAAUUGUGAUUCAGGAUAUUUUUGGAUGGCAACUGCCAAACACCAGAUAUAUAGCGGACAUGUUGGCAGCCAAUGGAUACAUAGCUAUCUGCCCAGACUACUUUGUGGGACAAGAGCCUUGGAAACCUUCAGAUGAUUGGUCCAUUUUUAAUGACUGGCUGAAAACUCGAGAUGCCAGCAGAGUAGACAGGGAAGCUGAUGCUGUCCUGAAGUAUCUAAAGCAGCAAUGUGGUGCAAAGAAGGUUGGUGUUAUUGGAUUUUGCUGGGGAGGAAUGGCUGUUCAUCACUUGAUGCUGAAAAAUCCUGAAUUAAAGACUGGGGUAUCAGUCCAUGGAGUAAUUAAAUACUUUGAAGAUCGGUACAGUUUGCUCCAUCCCACUUUCUUCAUUUUUGGUGAAAGUGAUGAAUACAUCCCAAUUGAGCAAGUUACCAUAAUGGAGCAGAAGUUGAAGCAGCACUGUAAAGUUGAUUACAACGUUAAAAUUUACCCUGGACACACUCAUGGCUUUGUACAUCGCAAGAGAGAAGACAUGAACCCCAAAGAUAAACCUUUCAUUGAGGAAGCAAGAAAAGACAUCAUCAACUGGCUGAAUAAAUACAUUUGAUAGAAGUAGGAAAAGAACAAAUCUGUAAAAUAAAAAUCAAGUGUUUUAUUACUGA